GAGAGAGAGAGAGAGAGAGAGAGAGAGAGAGAGAGAGAGACAGAGACAGAGAGAGAGUGAGAGAGAGAGUGUUCACUUCUAUAGCUUCAGUGCAGAAGGGCGCCUUUUAAACCAUGGGACACCGCUGGCGAGGAAUCGGCUUUCUCUGUUUCAUGUCGGUGUACGGACCCGGCCUGUCUGCAGCACAGCUUGAAAUCCAGCAGGUGAACGGGAUCGUGGGGGAAUCGUUCACUUUCCCUGUGGCAAUACCGAACCUAACUGCUGAAAUAGAGGUCCACUGGAGAUAUGGAGCAGCAGAUCCACAUGGGUUUAUAGCAAGACUUCAGGAUGGGAAGAUUAAGACCGAUUUUAAUGAGAGAUUUAAUUCAAGACUGCAGUUGAACAGGAGCACCGGCUCCCUGCAGAUCAACAAUUUAAGCACAAAAGACAGCGGGUUUUACCAAGUGGAGACAGUGAAGGACAUAUAUAGCAAGAGAUUGCACCUGUCCGUUUACACCCCUGUGCCAGAGCCUGCUGUCAAGCUGGUCCAUGCAGGCAGGGCGCAGGGUAACGGCAGUUGCACUCUGCUGUGCUUUGCGGGAAACGCCAGCGAAGGGACCACCGUGUCCUGGAUGAGAGACGGGAAGCCGCUCCACACAACAGAACUGGAGCUCUCUCAAGACAUGCAAGGGGGCAACUUUUCCUACACCUGUGUGGCCAGCAACCGUGCCAGCAACCGGACCACCACUGUGACACCAUCGGAGUACUGCGACGAAAGAAAAGAUAACACAGGUGGUCCUGAAAACCCGAUGAGUCGCAUUUUGAUUCCUGUGCUAGUGAUUGCUGGGAUCGGGGUCCUGGCAGUCAUUUUGAUGACACUGUAUCUCAGGAAAAAGAAGACAGAGUUUGAGAAAGAAGGUUACACGGCUUCCAGAAACUCGGGUGAUAUCGAGUACUCAGAAAUUAUGAACACAGUGUCUCCUACUGGCAGAGGACAGCAUCUAUCAGAACUGGCUCCAUGUCAAACGAGAGGCAAACUGACGACCAUCUACGAUGAACUGCGGCAGCCACCGAGCUCCGGAGAAGCACUGUGCUGACGCGGGGCGGAGACAGCUAUUGACGGCUAUUGUUCUGCAUUUAAAACACAUUCUCUUACCUCGCAUCAGCGCUGGUAACAUUGUGAC